AUGCCUAACUUCCAACUCCAAACAAAGAAAAAGCUCGCCCUUUCAUUUCAGCAAAGAGGGAGCGAGCGUGCCGCUCUUUCGCGGUUUCGCCUACCCCAUUUGAUGAGCCUAAACCCACAGGCGGGGCGCGCCGCAGCUCGCGUGGCAGAGCAUGGAGCGCCCUCCGCCAUCGCCGGCCUGGCCGCCGCCACCUCCAGGAUCGCCUCCCACGGCCGCGCCGGCGACGCCGCCGCGGCGCGCGCCGUGUUCGACGCGAUGCCCCGCCGCGACGCCGUCGCCUGGAACGCCAUGCUCACCGCCUACGCCCGCGCCGGGCAGCCGCGCGCGGCCCUCGCCCUCUUCGCCGCCAUGCGCGGUCCGGACGCCUUCUCCCUCACCGCCGCGCUCUCCGCGGCGGCCGCCCUCCGCUCGCCCGGCGCCGGCGCGCAGCUCCACGCCCGCCUCCUCCGGCUCGGCCUGCGCGCGCCGCUCCCCGUCGGCAACGCGCUCGUCGCCAUGUACGCCAGGUGCGCCCGCGCCGACGACGCCGCGCGCGCCUUCCGGGAGAUGCGCGACCGCAACGCGCUCUCCUGGUGCUCGCUCCUCCACGGCUACGUCGCAUCGGGCCGCAUGGCGCUCGCGCGCGAGCUGUUCGACGAAAUGCCCGCUGGAAGCGUUAGCAGUGUUGCCUGGAACACGCUGCUCACGGGGUAUUCCCGCUGUGGCAAUGCCAAGCAGUGUCUGCUUCUGUUCAACGAGAUGCGGGUGUCGGGGCUUUCCUGCGACGAUGCGACGCUCUGCAUUCUGAUCGAUGCUUGCACGGAGCUGCCCUGCCCAUCCACCGGCGCUGCAGUCCACAAGAUUGUGGUUCAGAGUGGCUGGAGUGCCAUCCCUGAGGUCAAUAACUCGCUUAUUUCCUUCUACAGUAAGUUCAGCUUGCUGGAUUGUGCUGUCAAGAUCUUCGAGUCUAUGGAGAGUAGAACCGUUGUGUCAUGGAAUUCACUGAUCGACGCACACACAAGGCUUGGCCACAUUGAACAAGCUGCUGCUCUGUUUCAAAGUGCUCCUGAGACCAAUGACAUCUCCUGGACUUCGAUGAUUGGAGGUUUUGCGAGGAAUGGCUGUGCGGAUGAGGCCCUUGCACUAUUUAGUAAGAUGUUGGAACACGGGCAUAUCCAUCCUGACGACUUCACCUUUGGUGCUGUGCUUCAUGCUUGCGCUGCUGCGGCAUCUAUGGCCAGUGGAAGGAUGAUUCAUGGCUGUGCAUUCCAAACGGGUUAUGCAUGCUACUUGUACGUGGCCAACAGUUUGAUGGACAUGUAUGCAAAGUGCGGAGACGUCGAGGGGGCAAGCAAUGUGUUCCAUGCCGUUCUUCAGAAGGACACAGUGUCAUGGAACACCAUGUUGUUCGGGUUUGCAAUAAAUGGAUGGGCAAAGCAAGCAUUUGCAGUGUAUGAAAGGAUGUUGUCCCAGGAUGUUUGCCCCGACGAAGUCACAUUCACAGGCUUGCUCACAGCCUGCAGCCAUUCUGGCCUCCUGGAGCAAGGGAGAGCCUUCUUUGAGUCGAUGGUGUCUGUCCAUGGACUGAAGCCAACACCGGAGCAUUUAGCUUGCGUUCUCGACAUGUAUGCUAGAUCUGGGAACAUCGCAAAAGCCAUUGAGGUGCUGGAGCAAUACUCUGAAACGGUUCAGAUGCACAGCAGCGAUAUGCGUGAGUCUCUGCUUAGUGCCUACUCAUCGGUGCAACUGGACACAAGAAUCGGAAGGAAGGUGGGGAGCGGCAUGGUGUCGAUGGAGCCUGUGAGAGACACUGGGUAUGUGAUGUUGUCCAACAUGUUGUGCGCCACUGGGCAGUGGAAGGAAGCGGAGGGGGUGAGAAGAGCCAUGGCAGAGCAUGGUGUCAAGAAGUCUCCUGGCUGUAGCUGGAUCCAACUGAAAGGUGCUGCUAAGGUGUUUGUAUCAGGCGGGCAGGAACUUGAUCCGUCAGAUAGAAUAUGUGAUAUCAUUCAGUUGUUGGAUGAAGAAAUGAGAAAUACUGUGUGCUGUGGUGCAUAAUUAUUGUCACUCAGUUUAGCGCAGUACCUUUGAUGCGUGGAGUUCUUCAGAGAAUCACAUAUUGUUAGACAUGCUCAAAUACUACAUGUAUGAAUUCCGGUACUACCA